AUGUUCAACGCCGUCAAUGGUAUCGGAGCCGCAGGUCUCGACGAUGAUGCACAUGCCAGCAACGCUGCGAAUACUACACUUUAUGCUACCUUUGCAAUCGUCGGUUUCUUCGCUGGCACUAUCACCAAUGUCCUCGGUAUUCGAGUUGCGCUUUCCUUCGGCGGUCUGGGCAUCUUCAACAUGGGUGCUGUUAUUGGUAGCCUGGUCCAGCUUGGGCUGAACUUUGAUACACAAAACGCAGACGGGCCAGCAGCUGUCACUGACCAGACAUACAUCGGCUUUAUGGUCCUCACAUUCCUCGGCGCCUGCCUCUCCUGGACACUCAUUGAUGCCAAACACGUCAUACGACGCGACGGCAGCCGAAUUAUCAUGAUGAAACACCCAACUUGGCAGUCCGAGAUCCUGGGUCUUUGGGAGACUCUGCGUACGGAUCCGUAUAUCAUACUCCUCUUUCCGAUGUUCUUCGCUUCGAAUUGGUUCUACACGUACCAGUUUAACGACGUCAACUACGCACGUUUCAAUGUGCGAACGCGCGCACUCAACAAUGCGCUUUAUUGGUUGGCGCAGAUACUCGGAGCUGGUGUGUUUGGAUUUGCACUGGAUUUCCCGAACGUCAGAAGGACUACCAGGGCGAAGAUUGCCUGGGUAGUCAUGCUAUUGUUGACCUUCGCCGUUUGGGGAGGAGGGUUCAUGGGCGCAAUCUCGAACAACAGUCGAAAGCUCGCCAACUUUGCUGGCUUUUACAAGGGCAUUCAAUCAGCUGGCGCAGCUAUCGUGUUCCGCCUAGACGGCUACAAGAGGCCUUACAUGGACAUAUUCCUAUCCAGUUGGGUGUUGUUGGCUGGAAGUUUGAUCGUCGCGCUGCCAGUGAUGCUGCUGAAGAUCAAAGACACGGUGCCGCUUGAGGAGGACUUGAAAUUCACAGACGAGACCGUCGAGGAUGUGCUGGGUAGGAGGGAUGGCUACUUAUUGGAUGAGCCCGAGAAAGCGUAG